UUAUAUUCUCACUUCGUUUUUUUUUACAAUUUCAGUCCAUUAUUUUCGACUGUGGAAAGAUGCGGGUAAAAUUAUCUCAAGAUGAUAUACUUCCAUCCGAAUCCCCAACAUCUGAUCACAGUGUUUUUGUGACGCGAUUCCGUCGGAUAUCAAAACAUCCCGAUCGAUCAACUUUGGAUAUCCCCCACCUCCCUUUACCCUCCGAGCUUUCUCGCCGUGCUUCUUUACCUAAUGUUGAGUAUAGACAUGAUCCGGAGUCGGAGUCUGAGCCCGAGGAAGAACCUCGAGGGCGGAGAGUUGUUGGUAGAGGGAGUGGAGGGAGAAUUUCUCGAGGGAGAGAGAGAGAUAGAUUCGGGGGAAGAUUGCCGUCAAGAGGAAGGAAUACAAUUUGUGGAAAUCAAGAUGAGGCAUCUGGUUUACCUUUACGUAUGCGUUUACGGGGACAUGUAUUAGUGUCGAUGAGCAGGGGAAAAAAGUCCAUUGAAAUCUUGUAUAGCCGGGAAAAUGUAUAUGUAAUUGCUGUUCGGGAUUCGAAAAACGAAUGGUGGGAAUUCAGCAAAACGGGUGAUAUUCUAUUUCAAGGUGCAAAACCCCUAGGGUUUGGGGAGAGUUACACCAAAAUGGGUAACGAGCCUGUUCUAACUCAUUAUCAUUUAAACUUUGUUUUCGAGGUGUUUUCCGAUCCCGCUAAAUCCUCCAUAGAAGAUCGGAAGAAAGCGGCUCAGAUUCUGAUUGCACUGACUUCUGAAAGUGCCCGAAUAAAACUUUUAGCUAACAGGUUUGGAAGUGUUUUGUCAGACACUAGUGGAAAAACUGAAGUUGAUAUAGGAGGUGAUUCAAGAUUGUUGAUGAGAAACUGGGAAGAAGCAAGCAAGAAGAUAAUUGACCAUUGUGAUACUGAGGAGAAAACAGUUAAAACUUGUUUCAAAAAUCUUGACUUUAUAGACGCGUUGGAGAGAGGAGGGAUGUUUAAAAUCAAGGAUGCUUUUGAUGUGUAUGGAUUGUUACUUAGCCAGCUCAAAAUAGAUGUUUCAAAUCAGCAUCCUCAAGGAUCUAUUUAAUAACUUGAAAGAAACCAGUACAGAGCAUUGGCGAUGCUCGAUCAUCACUUAUUCAAAUGGUGCAGUCAUUGCAGCAUGCUAAGAGAAUGGAGUCCGUGUGGUGUCUGAAAGCCGGGUAUUUUUAUCUUCCAUCACUAAAGUUGUAGAGUCCUUUGAACUGAAUUUUACUAAGAAACGAAUAUUUUUACUAAUGGUUUCUUAUCUAAUAGUUUGAAAUUUUCUGCUUUAAUAAUUUUUCCAAGAGAAUUGCUCUUUUUGCGGGCCUAGAGAUGGUAUUUAUCAUGUAGUUUAUGGGAAGUUCUAUUCCAGAAGCUUAGUGAGAAAAAUCUUGAAUGUUCAGAUGGUUAUUAUUGAGAGGAAUGGUUUGGUAAGUGAUUUUGACAACAGUGUCCUAGCCUCGGAGGAAUGUUUUUGAUGCCUACCUUCUUUGAGUGA